AUGUCCAACGCGGAGCAGGAAUGGAAGCCCAGGGUUCGGCCUCAGUCGACCAUGGCGCAGGCCUUCUCGACAGCGCUGGACAGCGCCUUCUCCUUGGAUUCGGAAGUCGACGAUCUUUCCAAUAGCAUUGACCAGAAAAAAUACCAGAUGAUGAUCCAGAGCCGCCAGCUGGAGGAGCUGCAGGCUCGGAUCCGCGAGGCGGAGAACCGCCUCAAGAUGCGACAGUCGGUCCAGCUCGGGGCCAAUGACGUUCCGGAGAAGAUCGAAGAGGAGGGGGCGGAGAGUGCUGCUCAGCAGGACAACCACGAGUCCCAGGCCCGGGAGCAGCAGCAGAAGCAGGAGGAGGAAGAAGAAGGAAAGGAGAAUGACUCGUGA